AUGGAUCCUCUUUCUGGUGCAGCGAGUGUUAUCGCAGUUGUCCAAUUAGCCGCAGCCAUCACACAAAUAUGUGGCACAUAUCUCAACAAAGUCAAAGAUGCAAAGCGAGAUAUUCAACGCUUUCAAAAGGAGGUUAUCGCCCUGUCCUGCGUACUGCAAUCCCUUCAUGAGCUCCUCCAUGGACCGAAUAGCGCAAAGAUUACUGCUGCCGAAGACCUGGUCAAUAAUAUUACAACAUGCUCUUCAACCCUUACAAAAUUGAAGGAGAAAAUCGAGCCGGAAACAAUGCAAAGACGAAUGAGGAGGUGGGGACUUCGAGCCUUCAAAUGGCCGCUGAACCGGUCAGAGGUAGAUGAUGCGAUCAGUGAAAUUGAGCGGUACAAAACAAUGUUUAAUUUGUCCUUGCUGGUUGAUCAAAUGACGUCCACCAAUCGGAUUGAUCAAAAGAUAGGUCUUGGCAGACUACAGAUCGCAAAAGGAGCGGCAUUCGACUCCUAUGAUAAUCAGCAUGCUGAAUGUCUUCUAGGAACUCGAGUUGACCUGCUUCAGGAAGUCGAAGACUGGGCAAAAUCACCAGACGGAAAAUGCAUAUUUUGGCUGAAUGGCAUGGCUGGGACUGGAAAGUCAACAAUCUCCCGAACAGCUGCAGGUUGUCUUAAACAGCAACAUCUGCUUGGAGCGAGCUUCUUCUUUAAGAGAGGUGAAGAGGACCGAGGAACAGCAAAGAAGUUUUUCCCAACCUUGGUAGAGCAACUGGUUACUAGUAUACCUCACAUGCUCCCAAAAGUCCAAGAGGCAAUUGAAGAUGAUCCACAUAUUUCAGAUAAGGUGUUAAGGGAACAAUUUGAGAAGCUUCUUCUUGAGCCACUGCUUAGAAUUGAACAGAGUGAAGGGAUGAAAACCAGAGUGAUUGUGAUUGAUGCUCUGGAUGAAUGUGAUUCUGAAGAUGAUAUGCGGGUCAUUCUCCGACUUUUGCCACGAGUCCAAAAGUCAACUUCAAUGCGACUCCGCUUUCUACUAACAAGCAGACCUGAGUUGCCUAUUAGGCUAGGCUUCACAGAAAUCACCGACACUCACCAUGAAUUGGCUCUUCAUGAGAUUCCCACGCCAGUAAUAGAGCAUGAUAUAUCCUUGUAUUUUGAGGACCAGUUCUUCCAUUUAAGACAAGAUCGCUCGUUUCCACCAGACUGGCCUGGAGACACAACCGUUAAGAUACUGAUUGAGAGAGCCAUCCCCUUAUUCAUUGCAGCUGCUACCUUAUGUCGAUUCAUUGGCGAUCCGAAGUGGAACCCCAAAAAGCGGCUUGAAGCAAUUCUGACAGAUCAGUCAGUUUAUGUGUCCAAGAUGGAUAGUACAUAUAUUCCUGUGCUAAAGCAGCUUCUUACUGGCCAGGAUGAGGAGGAAUCGAAGCAAAUCCUUGAAGAUUUUAAGGAGAUAGUUGGAGCUGUGGUCAAUCUUGCUACCCCACUCUCAAUCAAUGCCCUCAGCCAGCUGCUGGACAGAGGGCGAGAUGAUCUCAAAUUGACUAUUAGGAGACUAGAGUCACUUAUACAGGGCGAUAAGUAUUCAGAAAUAUCAGGGUUCCUUUACGAUGCGAGACGCUUUGUUCUUAAGAAUCGACAGAUAGCUGAUAGUGCUCCGCUUCAGCUUUACUCCUCAGGGCUUAUUUUUGCUCCCAAGGGCUCAACAAUUAGAAAACAGUUUCAUAGCGAGUUGGCGGCUUGGGACCGACUGCCACAGGUUGAGGAGAAUUGGAGUGCGGAACUACUGACCCUUGAGGGCCAUUCUAAAUGGGUUCAGUCUGUGGCCUUUUCAACUGAUGGUCUGCUUGUGUCUAGUUCCCAUGACAACGGCAUCAAGCUCUGGGAUCCCAGCACAGGCGACCUGCGGCAGACCCUUAAGGGCCAUUCAGAAUCAGUUCAGUCUGUAGCCUUCUCACCUGACGGCCAACUGCUGGCAUCUGGCUCUAAUGAUAAGACCAUCAGGCUCUGGGAUGCCAGCACGGGUGACCUGCGGCAGACCCUUGAGGGCCAUUCUAGUUCAAUUCGGUCUGUAGCAUUUUCACCUAAUGGUCAGCUGCUGGCAUCUGGCUCCGAUGACACAACUGUCAGGCUCUGGGAUCCCAGCAUGGGUAACCUGUGCUGGAUCCUUGAUGGCCAUUUAGAUACAGUUCUGUCUGUAGCCUUUUCACCUGACGGUCAGCUGCUGGCAUCUGGCUCCAAUGAUGGGACACUCAGGCUCUGGGAUCCCUGCACAAGUGACCUGCGUCAGACCCUCAAGGACGAUUUUGGAUCAGUUCUGUCUGUGGCCUUCUCACCUGACGGUCAACUGCUGGCAUCUGGCUCUGAUGACAUGACUGUCAGGCUCUGGGAUUCCAGCACAGGCGACCUGCUCCAGAUACUUGCGGGCCAUUCCAAUUGGGAUCAGUCUGUGGUCUUCUCACCUGACGGUCAGCUGUUGGGAUAUGGCUCCACUUGCAGGGGUAUCAGUUUCUGGGAUUUCGGCACAGGCGAACAGCAUAAUAUCCCUGAGGUUAAUCCUGAAUCAGUUCUGUCUGUGACCUUCUCACCUGACGGUCAACUGCUGGCAUCUGGCUCUGAUGAUAAGACCAUCAGGCUUUGGGAUCUCAGCACAGGCGACCUGCGGCAGACCCUUGAGGGCCAUUCUAGUUCAGUUUGGUCUGUAGCCUUCUCACCUAAUGGUCAGCUGCUGGCAUCUAGCUCCGAUGACACGACUGUCAGGCUCUGGGAUCCCACUACAGCUGACCUGCAUCAGACCCUUGAGGUCAAUUCUGAAUCAGUUCUGUCUGUGAUCUUCUCACCUGACGGUCAGCUGCUGGCAUCUGGCUCUGAUGACACAACUGUCAGGCUCUGGGAUCCCAGCACAGGCGACCUGCGGCAGACCCUCAAGGGCCAUUCAGAAUCAGUUCAGUCUGUAGCCUUCUCGCCUGAUGGUCAGCUGCUGGCAUCUGGCUCCGAUGACACGACUGUCAGACUCUGGGAUCUCAGCACAGGCGACCUGCGGCAGACCCUCAAGGGCCAUUCUAGUUCAAUUCAGUCUGUAGCCUUUUCACCUAAUGGUGAGCUGCUGGCAUCUGGCUCUGGUGACAAGACCAUCAGGCUCUGGGAUCCCAACAAGGGUGACCUGUGCCAGGUUCUUGAGGGCCCUUCAUGGGUUUGGUCUGUGGCUUUCUCAUCUGACGGUCAACUGCUGGCAUCUGGCUUUGAUGAUAAGAUUAUCAGGCUUUGGGAUCUCAGCACAGGCGACCUGCGCCAGACUCUUAAGGGCCAUUUUGAACCGGUUUGGUCUGAAAGCAAUAUUCAGCUAUCUAUUUUAGAGAGCCAGUGGAUCUGCUUUCGAGGCAGGAGGGUUUUAUGGCUUCCACCGCACUAUCGUCCAACUUGUUUGGCAUUUAGAGCAGGUAUGGUUGGUCUUGGUCAUUCGUCCGGAAGAGUUUCCUUCAUAUCACAUUUUGCUUGA